GACAAGACCGAUGCGGCUUCCGUUCACAGUGAAAACAAAGAAAUGGAGGAAAAUCUAUCCGAACUCGCUCCAAGGCGAUCCAGAACCAUAUUUGUCGGUCAGUUGAAACCGAGGGUUUCCGAAGCUGACCUAAAGGAUUACUUUUCCAAGUAUGGCACCGUUUCCGGGGCCGACCUGGUGAAGAAUAAGAAGACGGGCAAAUCGCGGUGCUAUGCCUUCGUCACCUUCGCGGAUGAAAAGGCUUUUGACAAUGGCGUCGUGGAGGCCUGUCAUUUCCUAGACGGAUGCCGUCUCAACGUCAGACCGUAUUUGUGUCGUGAAAACACACGUGGGCCGAGUGUGCAAUCGCAAGUUUAA